AUCCAUAUAUAUAUGAGCCUACUAGUUCUGCUUUUGGGGAAUGUUUUUUUUUCCCCCUUCUUCUUUCCAUUUCAAGAUUAUCUUCUCAUAAAUAAUCAGCGAGAAAAAUGUACACUAAAAAUGGGGAAUGCAAACCCUGAACCUUUAAAGAAGCUUCCGGCGAAUAAUUUUCUUUGCAAUAAGGAUUUUCCCAGGCAAGCAUAGUGAUGAAGAUUAGCCUCUGAAAUGCUGCUUCCUGUAAAAAGCAAACAAAAGUUCCCAAAAAUACAGGAAGUUAAGAAGGAUAAAGGACUUUGAUCCCAGAGCAGGCAUCCCUUGAAAAAGGAAAGGGGAAAAGAAUUGCAACAUAAUAUAUGCAAGGGAAGCCAAUUUCAGUUCAGGUAAACAUGGUAUAACAAUUACAGUCCCAAGAAAUAGGGGGAAAGCAGAAAUUCGCAGAAACUAUAGCAGACCAAAACUAAGAGUGCCAUUGUAUCGUCCUGUAUGGAUAUAUGUUUUUUUUUUCCGGUCAUAUCUAUUGAAAUAUAUGUUUUACGAUUGUUCAACCAACAAAAAAAUAUGCAGCCAUGAUUCCAGAACACAGAAACUUUACCAAGUUGGUGAAAAACAGAUGUAGGAGUUGGACACACCUCAUAUACCAGUAGAAGUGGGAGGCAGUUAAUGCACAAACCUUGAGGCAUGGAUGGAAGGCAGAGCUAUCCCUUGACAAGAACCUAAAGCAGCAAUACUCCACCAAGUUACGUGCAUCACUAUAAACAGGCUCCGCCACAAGUGCUUUAAAAAUCUUCUGCAUUUUAUAUCCGGUCGACCCAUUCAUCCUGCAUACCAUAAAUCCUUGAUCAGUCUAACAUGAAACCAUAAAAUAUCACCUACAGAAGAUAUGCCAAAAACCUGUAAGGAAUUCCAAUUAUCCGAAUUAUCAUUUGCAACAUUAUCAAACAAACGAAAACAUAUCCUUGUUUAUGUACUUCAGAAAAACAAUGCUAGCCGAAAUUCUCUUGUGGGGAUUGCUUGUCAUUGAUCAGAACUAGUUCAUCAUGAGGUUCGGGAGGAACCUGCAACUGUUUUUUUCUUCUUUUUGCGAAUUGUUUCAUUGUAGCACAUGAUUCACAAAGGACGGUAAUUAUCUCAGUUAGGAAUUAAAAACAAUAUGGACUCUACCUGCUAAAUUGCUCAAUAGAUACCAAAGCAGCUAGUGAAAGAACUCCCUUCCGUGUGUUUCUUUGAAUAGUUGGCUCAACCAGAAAUACUUCCUCCAGCUCUAAAGUAUCAUUAGCUUUUCGAGAAGUGAUUUUCCCACUGGAACCAGACUUCACCAGCGGCGAAGCCACCUCCGCUAUGAAAUUCUGGGUCUUCGAAAACCAUGAGCUCAACUGUUCCUGCACUGCCUCUGUCAAGAGUUAAAAAGUACAAAAAAACACCACCAUGAAGUCAUUCAUGGAUGCACAAGAUCAUACUGGGAUAAUUCACAAGAAAGGUCCGACUUUUAUGGAAUAAAAGAAAGGAACAUAUGCAUGCCAUAGCAGACAGCUCCAUCCAUGACAGCUGCUAGCAUCUGUUUAACCAAAAAAAUUGCGCCUCCAAUUGGAAAUUCACUGCUAAAAUCAAACAAGUGCGUGCGCAAGCUUCACGACCACUGCCUAAUUCUCCUACCUCCAUCUUUUUGCCUCGCUACGUUCCUAACUAUUCAGCAACGCCUAAUUGAUCACUUCACAACAACGAAUUUCUAGUAUAACGAACUAAGAUGAUAGUCAAAUGGAAGGGAAAAAGAAGUCCAAAAAACAAGCGGAAGCGGAAUCUCACUGGUAUCAAUUUCCUUGAGCUUCCAUUUGUUGUCCCCAGAAGACUGACCCACAAGCUUAAACCUCAACCUGUGCCUUCUAGACUUCGGGAAACCACCUCGAUACAAAAACAACGAACUGGGUCCUGUCCCUCCUGGACUUGCAAUCGAACCACUGCUGUACCAAGAAACGCUGAACUUGGAGAGCAUCGUACUCGCGCCACUGCACCCCCUUCCCUUCUUAUCAAGAUCGAAGCUUUUUUCACAUCAGCACCAGUUUGCCCUGUAGAGAGAUCGAAGAACCUAAUGGGGUGGCCGGUGGCGAUACUCGUUGGUUCCCCUUUCGCCGCCGCCGCCGCCACCGGGACGCGAAAUUCAACGUUAUUUCGCAACCAGUAGUUGCUGCCGCCUCUGUCAUCAUCGCUAAUUGGAUUUAAGAAUUAUAAUAAAGAUCAACAUGUGAAGUUCUGCUAAUGCGACAAAAGGGACCUGUAAAAUAUCAGUACUGAUAUUGGUAGAGUGAAACAGUAGAAUUACAGUUAAAUCGUUAAAUGUCGUCAAACUAAAUUAUAAUUCCAUCAUAAAAUAUGUUACAACUUACAACCAUGGUCCAUGAAACUGUAUCGGGUAUCGUACCGAAAAAGUCAGCGGUAUGAUAUUUUAUGAUAAAACCGUGGUUUUACC